AUGCACUGCAGGCGCAAACCCCUUACAUUGUCAUCCAGCCUCUUUCUUUUCUGUGUUCUAGAACAAGAAGGAGAAUCCUGAAUCCUGAAAGCCUUUCUUUUUUUAUCCAGUUCUGCUAAUGGGAGAAGCACCGCAGGAAGAGAGCAAGGCCGCUGAGGCACAAGAUGAAGCGAAUGAGGAGGAGAAAGGCGAUGGAGAGAAACAGGAAGAGAAAGAGCCACCAUCUCCAGCGAUCCUGUCCGUGGACAUAAAUUGUCCUGGUUGUGCUAAGAAAGUUAAGAGAACCAUCCUCAAAUCCAGAGGUGUGGAAGAUGUACAGGUGGACAUGGCAGGGAAGCAAGUGACAGUGAAGGGUAUGAUAGAUCCUCAAGCAUUGUGCACAAAAGUAGAGAGGAAAACCAAGAAGAAAGCAAGCGUCAUAUCUCCAAUCUUGCCUGCAGCAAAGGACGAACCCGAGAUCGUGAAUGCACAGGCGACUGGUGAAAUGAACACCGUGACGCUCAACGUAAACAUGCACUGCGAGCCGUGUGCUCUUCAGCUUCGGAAAAGGAUCCUGCGAAUGAGAGGAGUUCAAACGGCAGAGACAGAUUUCGCUACUGGGAAGGUGACCGUGACAGGCACCAUGGACGCUAACGAGCUCGUCGAGUACGUCUAUAAACGCACAAGAAAGCAAGCCAAUGUCAUCGCACCACCACCAUCACCACCACCACCAGCCAAAGAAGCGGAGGAAAAGCCAGCAGAAGAGCCGGAACCCGAAGAGAAGAAAGAAGAAAACAAACUUGAAGAAGGAAAAGCAGAGGAGAAGACAGAAGAAGGAAAGGAAGAGGAGAAGACAGAAGAAGGAAAGGAAGAAGAGAAGAAGGAAGAAGGUGGAGGUGAGGAAGAGAAGAAGGGAGAGGAAGACGAGACCAAGAAGGAGGAGGAAGAGGCCAAGGACAACCAGGAAGAGAAAGAUGAAGGGGGUGAAGAAGAAGGAACUAAGAUGGACCAGGAUGACAACGCAAAAAAGAUGGUUUACUAUCCGCCCAUAUACGUGAUCGAACGAGUCUACGCGCCCCAACUCUUCAGUGACGAGAAUCCAAACGCAUGUUGCAUCCUCUAAGGAAACAGCACACACACACACACACACACAUAAUGCAUAUGUAUAAUCUUUUUAUUAUUUUGUAUUAAUACCACUUCUGGGACUUUUCCAUCAAUGCCAAUAACAUAUAUUUGUGAAUGAAAUGGGAAACGAUGGUGAUGAAUUUGCAUCAG